UUAUCCUUUUUAUCCUGUGACAUAAUAAUUGUCUUUGUAAGUGUAAUACUUUUACCUCAAAGAACAAAAACCCGGGAUUUUUAGUUUAAUUCUGUUAAAAAUGAAAGUUUGACAUAUGGAUGGCGCCUACACACUUUCUUACACACCCAUUCAUUUUGUUAAACCGUUUGAUUGAUUGUCAGUGGCGUGUGCUGAACAAUCAGUGUGGCAUGUUUCCGGCGCUCGAGCUGCGUAUCUACUGUGUUCGAAUAUUGCGACGUUCCAAAGAACUUACUUCCUAAUUUUGAUCGGAUUUGUUGGCUGGAUCGAAUCUCUUUUCACAACAUUGAAAUUAAGAACUUGUUUUACUCGUAUAAACGCUACCUAUUGACUGAAAUCGGUUAAAUAUGAUAAAAUCAUCUGUAAAAGUGAAAUUAUGUUCAUUAUCGUCGCUGUCACUAUAUGCGGUUUAGCUGUUUUAGGAACGGUUGCGGUUCUGAUUGGACGAACCGAUCGAACGCUUUGAGACUCCACGGAAGUUCGAAUUUACAAUGAACAUAUUUUAAUCAUCUUUUACUCACAUGUACAGAAAUAUGGAGAUGUUUGUUGUAUUUUUCGUUCUGUUACUCGUGGAUGGUGUGGUUGGCGUUACAGAUGAAAUACAGUCAGUGUCAGUGAUGGAGGGAGAGUCUGUUACUUUAUACUGUGAUGUUACUGAAAUUCAGAAAGCUGAUCGUAUACUGUGGACGUUUGGACCUGACAGCACUCGUAUAGCUCAAAUCAACAGAUCGGUCAAUAAGAUCUCAUUAUAUAAUGAUGUUCUUGAUGGGAGAUUCAGAGACAGACUACAUCUGGACAAGACUGGAUCUCUGACCAUCACAAACCCCACAACUGAACUUGCUGGACUCUAUAAACUUCAGCUUAUUGGUGGAAAAGAGGUCCCGCCCAAGAAAUUCAGUAUUAUUGUUUCUGCUCGUCUUCCUGUUCCUGUCAUCAGCACAAACUGUCCUUUAUCAUCAUCUUCAUCAUCACCAGGUUUGUCUGCAGGUGAAAUAGCGCUGGUUUGUGUUUGUGCUCUGGCUGUGGCUGCAGGAUUGUGUGGUUUUUACUAUUACCAUCAACGCAAGACAUCUAAACAAGGUCAAGAGAAUGGGGGAACAUUUAAUAAGGACAGAUAUUCACAAAAAGGUGCAGUUCCUCUGUUGGUCGUGAAGCUAGACGCAUAUAGGGCAUGUUGUCGUGAAGCCGAUUAG